CCGGCGUUGGGCUAGAGGAGACGCGGAGAGGGGAGCCGAGACCCUCGGAGCGCCCCACGCGGAGCCCCCCGCCCCGCCGGCCUGGAGAGGGGCGCGCGGACCCCCCGGCGCUGCCCCCGCCCCCCGCCCAGGCUCGGAGAGCGCGGCCGCCGCGCCGGAGCUCGCUCGCUCGCCGGGCUUGGCCCCCAGCCUGCGUGCGCCCCCCUUCCCCGGGUCCGAGGGGGGCUCGCGAAGCGCCUCGGGCGCGGAGGCCGGGCCCGGAGCUUCCGAGCCACCCAAGCCCUCGCCUCUGCGCCCACCCGCCCGCGCCGAGACCCCGAGAACUCAGAGACCGAAACGCCCGGGACCAAAGCGGCUGCCGUGGCCCAGCAGCAGCGCGCGGGGUUCAGCGCACCCGCCGCGGAGCCGGGGACCUCGCCUUCCUCCUGACCCUUCGUUCCAUCCCCGGCCCCUCGGCCGCCUCGGCUCGGAGGCCGGCACCGGCGAUGCGGAGCGGAGCCUCUGGUCCUCCGGCCAGCUGAGGAAGCUGCGGCCAUUCGCCUUGGGCCGACGGGGACCGUGGUAGCGGAUCGCACCCAGCAGAGGCUCCGGCUUCGGAGCGCUGGGACUCCGGGCAGGAGGAGGUGGGGGGGGACCGCUCUGCCGGCGCCCGUAUUCCAGCCUCCGCGGCUUUGCAGGGCCCUUAGUAGCUCGACCGCGGACUCCGGGAGGCUGCCGGCUGCGUCGUGGGGGCUCCCCAACCGACCCGACCGGACCGAAGAAGGUCAUCGCCCUGCUUCCCCGCCCUCCUUCCCGCCCCCCUUUCUCCCCGCUGAACUUUUUGUCCGGUUCGCCCGUGCUCGUUGCCCGCCCCGCAAACCCACCCGCGGCUGUGCCAACCGCCCGGGGCAUGGGCCCCUCAACACGGCUCCUGUAGGCCCCGAGGCCUCGCAAGAUGUGAGAGGCCCGCCCGGGACAACCCAGUGCUUCGGGACAGGAGCUGGACGCCCCCGGUCUCUCCACGCCUGGCGGGGCGGCAGUGCCCGCUGCGCCCCCGCGGGGCCCGGCGUCCCCGAGCGCCCGGUCCCGGGCUGGAAGGAGUCUCAGCUGGCCGGAGGCGCGCCGCGGAGAGCAGGCUGCUGCCAUGCCCUACUGAGCCCCUGUGCCUCCUGCCAAGUAUGUUUGGGCUGGAUCAGUUCGAACCCCAGAUCAAUAGCAGGAACGCUGGCCAGGGCGAGAGGAACUUUAACGAGACCGGACUGAGCAUGAAUGCCCACUUUAAGGCCCCGGCUUUCCACGCCGGCCCCCCCCCUGGUCCCGUGGACCCUGCGAUGGGCACGCUGGGCGAGCCCCCGCUCUUGGGCAUGAACAUGGAGCCCUACGGCUUCCACGCGCGCGGCCACUCGGAGCUGCACGCCGGGGGCUUGCAGGCGCAGCCCAUGCACGGCUUCUUUGGCGGCCAGCAGCCCCACCACGGCCACCCGGGAGGCCACCACCCCCACCAGCAUCACCCACACUUCGGAGGGAACUUCGGCGGCCCAGAUCCAGGGGCUUCGUGUCUGCACGGGGGUCGCCUGGUGGGCUACGGGGGCGCAGCCGGCGGCCUGGGCAGCCAGCCGCCCUUCGCAGAGGGUUACGAGCACAUGGCGGAGAGCCAGGGUCCGGAGAGCUUCGGCCCGCAGAGACCCGGAAACCUCCCGGACUUCCACAGUUCGGGCGCCUCGGGCCACGCCGUUCCUGCCCCAUGCCUGCCGCUGGACCAGAGCCCGAACCGGGCAGCCUCGUUCCACGGCCUGCCGGCCUCCAGCGCCUCCGUCCACAGCCUCGAGCCGCGGAGGGUAACGAACCAAGGAGCCGUCGACUCCCUGGAAUACAAUUACCCGGGCGAGGCGUCCUCGGGACAUUUUGACAUGUUUUCCCCCUCCGAUUCCGAGGGGCAGCUGCCUCACUAUGCAGCGGGUCGCCAGGUUCCGGGGGGCGCCUUCCCGGGAGCUCCAGCCAUGCCCCGAGCGGGGGGCAUGGUGGACUUGUCCAAGAUGCACGCCCAGCCCCCGCAGCCGCCGCCAGCGCAGCCGCCGCAGCCGCAGCCGCAGCAGCAGCACGGCGUGUUCUUCGAGAGGUUUGGAGGGACCCGAAAGAUGCCAGUGAAUCUGGAGUCGGGGGUGGGCUCCAGGCACCCGCUCAUGCAGCCGCCGCAGCAGGCCGCGCCGCCCCCCCAGGCGCAGCCCCCGCCACCGCCCCAAGCCCAGCCGCCGCCCCCCGGGCUCCUCGUCCGACAGAAUUCGUGCCCGUCCGCGCUCCCGCGGCCCCAGCCCGGCGAGGCGGGCGCACCGCCGGGCGCUGGCCUGCAGGACGGGGGCCCCAUGCUGCCGGGCCAGCACGCGCAGUUCGAGUAUCCCAUCCACCGGCUGGAGAACCGGAGCCUGCACUCUUACUCCGAACACGUUUUCAACCUGCAGCCGCCGCCGCCGCCCCAGGCGCCCAGCCAGCGGCUGCAGCACUUCGACGCGGCCCCUUACAUGAACGUGGCCAAGCGGCCGCGCUUCGAUUUCUCGGGCGGCGCGGGCGUGGAGCGCUGCGCGGCGUGGAGCGGCGGCGGCGGCGUGCACGGCGGGGGCGCCCUGGACAACCACCUCUCGCCCUCCGCCUACCCGGGCCUCCCGGGUGAGUUCACCCCGCCCGUGCCGGACAGCUUCCCCGCGGGGCCCCCCUUGCAACACCCGGCCUCCGAUCACCAAUCCCUGCAGCAGCAGCAGCAGCAGCAGCAGCAACAGCAGCAGCAACAGCAGCAGCAGCAGCAGCAGCGCCAGAACGCGGCCCUCAUGAUCAAACAGAUGGCGUCUCGGAACCAGCAGCAGCGGUUGCGCCAGCCCAGCCUGGCCCAACUAGGCCACCCUGGGGACGUGGGCCCAGGAGGCUUGGUGCACGGCGGCCCAGUGGGCGGCCUGGCUCAACCGAACUUUGAGCGCGAAGGCGGCAGCGGCACCGGCGGGGGCCGCCUGGGCGCCUUCGAGCCGCCCUUGGCGCAGGAGAGCGCGUGGUUCCCGGGCCCGCACCCGCCGCCCGGGGACCUGCUGCCCCGCCGCCUGGGCGCCUCGGGGCUGCCGGCCGACUGCGGCCCGCACGAUUCCGGCCUGGCGCCCCCCGCCCCACCCGGAGGCUCCGGGGUGCUGUUCCGGGGCGCUCCCGAGCCGCUGCGGAUGCCCGGCGGGGAAGGCCCCGGGCCCGCGCUGGCCUCGCCGGGGCUGCAGUUCGGGGGCGGCCUGGCGGGGCUGGCGCCGCUGCAGUCUCCCGGGGCCGGGGUGGGGCUGCCCGGCGCGGCCCCCGAGCGCAGAGCCCCGCCGCCGCCGCCCCCGCCCCCGCCCCCGGAUUUCGCCGGCCCGGCGCUGGGGGCUCAGCCGGGCUUCCCGUUCGGCGGGGCUAGCCGGCCGACCCCGGCGCACGGCGGUCCCGGCCCCGGCGUGAACUCGCCCCCGAGCGCGGGCGGCGGCGGGGGCGGCGCGGGCGGCGGCUGCGGCGCCUAUCCCCCGCAGCCGGACUUCCAGGCGGGCCCGCGCUCCUCGGCCAGCAAGCUGGGCGCGCUCUCCCUGGGCUCCUUCAACAAGCCCAGCUCCAAGGACAACCUGUUCGGCCAGAGCUGCCUGGCCGCGCUCUCCACCGCCUGCCAGAACAUGAUCGCCAGCCUGGGGGCCCCCAACCUCAACGUGACCUUCAACAAGAAGACCGCGCCCGAGGGCAAAAGGAAACUGAGCCAGACCGAGGGGGAGGGCGCGGCGCCGGGCCCCGCCAACCCGGGCUCGGAUUACUUCCCGGGAGGGACCCCAGGGCCCGGAGCCCCACCGGGGACCGGAGGCGGCGGCGGCUCCAAAGCCUCGGGUCCGUGCAACCGGCGCCAGGGGGACAGCACCAGCCUCUCCCCCAACUACACCCUGGAAGCCACGUCGGGGAACGAUGGCAAGCCCGUCUCGGGGGGCGGUGGCCGGGGACGAGGUCGCAGAAAAAGGGACAGUGGUCACGUGAGCCCCGGGACCUUCUUCGACAAGUACUCGGCAGCAGCCGGGGCUCCGGACAGCGGGGGUGCCCCCGGGGUGAGCCCCGGCAGCAGCCGCAGCAGCCGGGGGCCCGGCGCGGCCGUCGGGGGCAGCUCGGCCGGGGAGACGCGCGGGGCGCCCACGCCCCACGAGAAGGCCCUCACGUCGCCGUCGUGGGGCAAGGGGGCCGAGCUGCCUGGGGACCAGCCAGACCUCAUGGCCACCCUGGACGGCGGGGCCAAGGCAGACGGGAGCUCCCCGCCCGUCGGGGAGUUCGCCUCUGAGGAGAUGAGCACUAGUUACGCCAACGAGGACGAGGUGUCGUCCAGUUCUGACAACCCCCCGGCCCUGGCCAGGGCCAGCCGCAGUCCCCUGGUGACCGGCUCCCCUAAGCUCCCGUCCCGGGGAGUGGGCGCCGGGGAGCUUGGACAGAAGGCGCCGCAGCCCGCCCUGGGCCUGGGCAUUUUGUCUACCUCUACCUCCACCCCCGACGGCUACCCGGGCACCCCGGGCCUGGAGCAGGGCCGGACCCCCACGAGCAGCAGCGGGGGGCCGCCGGCGGAGGAGAUCCACCCCCUAGAGAUCCUCCAGGCGCAGAUCCAGCUGCAGAGACAGCAGUUCAGCAUCUCCGAGGACCAGCCCCUGGGGCUCAAGGGCGGCAAGAAGGUCGAGGGGCCCCCAGGGGCGCAGGCCGUGAGCGCGGGCGGCGACAGCUGCUGCUCCGAGGCCGUCAAGAGCGCCAUGAGCACCAUUGACCUGGACUCGCUCAUGGCGGAACACAGCGCCACCUGGUACAUGCCCGGGGACAAGGCCCUGGUGGACGGCACCGACGACGACAAGGCCCUGGCACCCUGGGAGAAGGCCAAGCCCCAGAACCCCAACAGCAAAGAAGCCCACGACCUCACAGCCAGCAAGGCCUCGGCCCCCCAGCCCGGCAGCCACCUGCAGUGCCUGUCUGUGCACUGCACGGACGACGUGGGCGAGGCCAAGGCCCGCGCGCCCGUGCCCGCCUGGCGGUCCCUGCACUCCGACAUCUCCAGCCGCUUCGGGACCUUCGUGGCCGCCCUGACCUGAGUGGACAAGACCCGCCGCCCAGCCCCCAGCAGGCCCUCCGGUCUGCCUCAUUAUCCCCCCCCCCAUGGGCCCCCGGCCCCCUGUCCAUUGAAGGGGCCCCCGUGGCGAGUGGAUGACAAUUUCUUUUCUUAAAAAAUUUGGUCUAGGUUGGAACCUGCGUAGUGGCAUUUGGACCAGCAAGGGUUAACUUAAAGGGGUGGGAGGAAAAUAACAACUAAAGGCAACCAACCGCAGUCGUGGUCUGCUACAUAUGUCAGCAGUGUUCACCCUCAGCCAGCCCUUAGCAAACUUCUGCUGCAGCCAUUUUCCUGCUAGAGAAUUAUCCCCCCCACCCGUUUUUCUGUAACCUUGGCAUACACACAUUUUUAGACCACCCCUUUCUUUAAUGUUUUUUUUUUUUUAAAUUUUCAGGCUACUUUGUAUGUCCAAGUAUUUCUUAUUUCAUAGUAAGGCAAGAGCUGCUUCUCUCUCUCUUUUUAAAAUUAUUUCUCUUGUCUCCCUCUCCUCCCUCCUCUCUCUCUCUUUUUUGUUUUUCCUUUUAUUUUUAUUUUUUUUUGCUUAUUAAAAAAAUAGAAAUUCUGGAGAAGAGCUUUUGUGGAAUACCGCCAGGUGAACGCCAUGUUAGUAACCUAGAAUAUAUGUUGACACCCCAAAUGCCAUCAGCCAGACAAGAGACGAGCAAUUAGUGAGCACCACCCUUCGCUGUUCUGCUUGGGAGGUUUUUUUUUUUUUGUCUGUUCAUUAAGAAAAUAAGAGAUGUUAUUUUCUCCUCCUCCAGCCUGCCCUUAGCCUGCUCCCUCUCCUCCUGCCUGAAUCCAUCCUCAGAGACAAGGCCUCACAGUAGCCAGGGAGCUUCUUCGCUUUCUUUUGGGGGACGCUAGGCGCUGGCUGGGCCGCAGAGCCAAGGGCAGGGGGCAGGGAGGGAAGGUGCCUCAGCCCUGAUGCUCCUGCAUCCUGGGGAAAAAGGAAGGGGACCGAGAGGUCCCCAGCUCCCCCGGCCGGCCUGAGCCACCACCGCGCCUGGCUUCUCCCGCCUCUGUGUCCCUGCAGGCCUCUGCCCCUGAGUGCUGAGUGAGGAAAGGAGAAGGAAGGAACAGUUUUCACUCCCAGUCUUUCUCUUCCUGCUCUUCUGAUUUAAUUUCACCAUGAUUGAGACGCCAGAGCUCUGUCUUGCACACCCCAGCAGGGACUGAAUUCUAGCGGGCAGUUCUCGGCCUGAAGCUGGGCAGGAUGCAACCACCCUCUUUCAGAGGAACAGCUAGGAUGACUUUGAAAGGCAUGGAUGGCUUUUGGGGUGCUAAGGGAGGCACCUCCAUCUCCCAGUGGGUCAGGCAAGAGGAGAGGGUCCUGUGGAAAUCGAUUACUCACUUCCUUUCAGUUUUUUUGGUUGCCAAGUGUCCUUGAGCUGCCCUUCCCCGGGUGCCUGGACUUUCUUUCUUUUUUUUUCUUUUUUUUUUAAAGCCAGUAACCUGAAGGCUUGGGACUUACCCCUCCAUGCCUAUAUUGUUUAUUUUAAAGAAUUUCUCAGCCAAGACAUAGAAGUAUCCAGAAAGGCCUUGUUCUUCCUCUCCCUCCUUUUCUCCUAGGCUGGUCCCUGGCAGAGCCACGCCCCAGAGGGGACAGGAGCAGGUGGCCUUGCGUUGUGACUGAGCACAGGGAUAGACUGCCCUGCCCCAUCCCCCCUUCCCUGGCUGCAGGGACCUUACCAUGCCAGCAACACUCUACACCCCCUCAAAUUCUGCCGAGUACGGCUGUCUGAAUCCAUGCAGAAGUAAUUUCUCCCUCAUUGCUUAAGGCCAAGGCAACACCAUGUCUUUUAACUUGGGUCUUUGAAUUUCCCAGCUUGGGAGUGGGGGGUGGGGGAGGAACCAUCUGAACUUGGCCACGAACUUGCGGCUUUGGUUAAAUGUUGGGUGUCCCUGAAGUGUGCGUGUUUUUUUUUUUCUUUAAGUGUUUCUCCGCUCCCCAUGACCCCAGAAUGGAACAGCUUUUAAAAUAGCCUUAAGCAAAGAGGUUGUAAUUUCAUUAAAUUUGGUUGAAUGAAAAACAUAAAUGCAAAUGAGAACCAUGUCUAACUUGCCAGACUUCCAAAACACUGGUCAUUGCUACUGCAUUAAGACUGGGGAGAGAAAAACAAAACAAAACAAAACAAAAAAAACAAAAAAGACAAAAAACAAAAAAAAAGCAACGUUAUUGCACAUGUAAAAAUAUGGAAACUUAACUCUGCUGUGUGUUAAGCAAUCCUGUCAUCUUUUUUGAUUCUUAAAAAAAAGAAAUUCAUUUCUGAAAUGCUUGGUUGGAAGACUGUGACAAUAGCUCAAAAUUGAGUGUUAUUUUUUUUCUUUCCUUUUUUAAAAAAUAUGUAAAGUGCAGUCUUCUGUAUUCAUGCAUAUUGUAUAUACCUGUAUAUGUUUUCCUGAGCAGCUAAAUAACAAUAAAUAUGACGUUAAUGGUGA